CAUAUUUUACAAACAUUCAACCCGCUGUGAUAUUUUUAUCGGUUUUUACAAUUUUUAAGUUGAUUUUUUAGAUAUGGCGUAUAAUUUCGACAGUGGACAAUUUAACAAAGAAACAGCGCCUCGGCGUCUUUGCAACUGGGAGGUCCCACGUUGGGCGCCAUCGCGAGCUCGGCCUGUCCAAAUGCGGCCGGAGCCGAAGCCAAUAUGUGACAUAAACGGCCGGUUCUUGCCGGGCGCGCCCCGGGGCACUUCGAAGUGCUUCGGACACUAUACGGGUACUUGGGACAUGCCGAGGAAGAUUACUAGGCAAGUUGCUGCGGAACUAUCAAAGGAGCCCCCGGAUGGUCGUUUCUCGGAUUGGCUCCAUUUGCGUGAGCAGCGAGCGAACACCGCGCGCAGGCGCGAGGACACAACCUUUGACAGAACUGCUGAAAGGAAACUUGACGACUUCAGAGCUAACGAAUGUCCGUAUCACAAAAAUAGACCAAAAAAGAUACUAAACGUUAAAUUGGAUCAAGAUAACAAAUCUCAAGCGGAAAGUCCAGAAGUAAAAAACGACGAGGAUCCUUUGGAACUUAACAAGAGAAUAGAACCUACUGAUAGCGAUGGUAACGGUCCUUACGUACCAGGAGCAGAAACAGAAGACGAUAAAAGACACGAGAGCUAUGAUCUGCUAGUUAAAGACGCAGUUGAAAAACUACACGGCCCGCAGGAAGAUCCACAAGACAAAUUCUGGCGAAAAGUAGCUGAGAAUGCGAAAAACUUCGAGGAAGAUGAAAACAUGAAAUUAGACAGAAAAUCUGGCACCAAGUUACCGUAUGUAAAUGUCGUCCAAAAUUUCAGUUUCGCUAAGAAAAUGCACACUGGUAACUUGGAACAUGAGCCGUUGCCUGAUACUCUAGGAUACAGACUUCUGCCUAAGGUCGGUGAGCAUAGAGACUCUGAUAUUGUAGUUAAACCGUACGCUAUAGGCUGGAAGGGCUACGGCGCUUCGGGGCCUACGUGCUGCACCAAAAUGCGCGUCCAUAGACCCAAAACCUGCGAGCCUAAAAAAGCUGCAGACGAGAAGAAUACCAAGCAACGUCCAGCGACUUCGGUCUUGGGUUUAGGUGGUCAGUACAAAAAACCUCUAUCACUAAUGGAUCUGGCCAUAUGUUGGGAUUUUAAACCUAAUGAUACGAAGCAGGAACCGAAACCACCUAAACAUAUCGAUGGAUCAAACGGCUCCCUGGCUCCCGCCGUCUUUACCAUGGUCCAUACUCCGAAAGAGGAGGUCCAAGAAGCUAUGGGAGAACACGCGUACUCAAUAUUCAAUAGCAACCAAAUUGUAGAUAACGGCAAACACAGUGUACCAUAUUUUGAAAAAGAUAUGACCAAAGAGAGAAAGAAAGAUUCUUGUGAAGUGCAAAAUUGUGUCCAACACAAUCGUCCCAAAUCGAGGCCGGACAGUCGGAAGAGUUCGAACGAGUCUGUAAAAAAGUGCGACGGAAAAAACGGCUGCGGUACUCCUAAAUCCGACCAAAGUUCCACCAUAAAAUCCAAACAGGAAAACGGUAGAGAUAAUUCGAAUCAGAGCUUAGAAUCUUACGAUAAGACACCGCUAGCUCAAGGAAAACUAAAACAUAGCUCACCGAACGAAUCCUUCGGCUCGAGUCACUCGAAAAAUUCGAACAACAACGCAAAGCAUAGGCAGUGCACCUCAUGCAAUGCAAGGCCAGUGACCGACAAAAUCGUAAAAGACGACUACAAAUUCGCCUUCAAAGCUGGCAAUCCCAAUUCCGUUCAGAGCGACAGUUCAAAAGACUCCAAAGGGGUCAAAAUUCCGAAGAUGCGUCAUCCUUACACGAAGAAGUCGUAUACUAUACCGACUUUAGCGCCCCCAUUCACGAUCUGGAGAGACGCUAAUGCUACUGGAUAUCCGGAGCAUUGGAGGCUGGCUAGUGUGUACCAGCACGCUUACAAACCGCCCGAGCAGCGCCGAAAACCACUCAUAGCUAGCGUCUACCAGUAGAGUUGGGUGGUGUAGAAAUAAUUUAAGGGUAUACAAGAUAUUGUAACAAAACUAAGUGACAAUAAUUUACGGUGUGCAUAUUGUGUUCGUUAUAUUAUAAAGUUCACUAUGAAAGUAGCAGCUCUAAAAGGGCAAAAUUUUUUUGUGAUUUAUAUGGGCAAGCGCCCCCACAUCAUGAAUUUUCCAUACAAUGGUGAAAACAAAGUUAAUCUUAAAAAGCGGUUACACGGGCAAUAAUUACGGCAAUAAUUGCUCGGCGGAGCGACGAAUGGAGCGAUCUGGAGCAGUU